UACUAAUACAGUACACGCAGUCUUCUUUCACAAUCACUCUUGGACUGAGGAAACGUUGACAUGAAUUACUCCAGCAUGCCAACCAAAGACAAUUAUGCUGACUACUAUGACUUAAGUACAGAUGAUGGCAGGUUCCAGGCCAGUGACAACAGCAAUGUAAGGAACUUUAGCCAAGUCUUCCUCCCUACAGUCUACAGCAUUGUCUUCAUUGUGGGGUUCAUUGGCAAUGGCCUGGUGUUGUGUGUCCUGGCCAAGUAUCACAAACCAUUCAACAUGUCAGAUCUGUGCCUCUUCAACCUGGCUAUUUCAGACCUCUUCUUCCUUAUCUCAUUGCCUUUCUGGGCUGACUACGCUGCCAACUUGAAGUGGACCUUCCCAGAUUUCAUGUGCCGAGCAGUGACAGCACUCUACAUGCUGGGCUUCUAUGGAAGUAUCUUCUUCAUGAUCCUCAUGACGGUGGACCGCUACGUUGUCAUUGUCCACACUUAUACCUCCCUCAUCUCCAAGUUCCGCUCUGUCGGAGCUAGCAUAGCGCUAGCUUUGUUUGUGUGGACACUGAGCUUGGGAGUCUCUCUGCCAAACAUAAUUUUCUCAAACGUGACUAAUGUAUCAAAUGUAUCAGUAUGCAUGGUGGCAUAUCCAGGGAACGUAUGGAAGUCAUUCCAUUACACUGAGCUGAACAUCCUUGGUUUUAUUAUUCCUCUCUCAGUGAUGCUGUUCUGCUACUCGCGUAUCAUCCCCAUCUUAAUGACCAUGAAUUCUCAGAAGAAACACAAAGCUGUCAGGCUCAUGGUGGUCAUAGUUACGGUUUUCUUCCUCUUCUGGACACCCUACAACAUCGUCAUCUUCCUGAAGCUCCUGCAAGAACUGAAAUACCUGUCCAGCCCUCAGUGGUAUCAGGACCUGCACAUGGCUAUACAGUGGGUGGAAUCCAUAGCGUUCUGUCACUGCUGCCUCAACCCCAUAAUCUACGCCUUUGUGGGGCAGAAAUUCAGAAAUUUAUUUCGAAAGAUCCUGAAAGAGUGGUUUCCUCUUUGCUUUGGCCAUUGCACAACAGCUGAAAAUGAGUCCUCAGAGAGAACAACGUCCAUGUACUCACGCGCCUCAAUGAUUUUAAGCACAGAGACAAAAUUAAAAAUGUAACUGUUAUUGCUUCUGGUCACCAAAGCCGAUGUCAGUUGGUAAAAAGACCAUAACACUUUGGCAAUAUUCCCAUUUUUUUCAGAGUAGGUUGGUGAUUAUUUGUUGGUUUAUAUUGUUUAUACAUGCUUUCUGUAAUGAGUUCAUUUUAACCUAAUCAUGCACAUAUUUCCUGCAACAAGUAACAAGCUCCUUUGCAAAAUAAUCGAAGAAUGUCAUCAAAUUAUAUUAUCAUUAAAUCCUAAUUUCUAAAUAAAAUGUUAAACAAACAUGUAUUGACAUAAAACUUCAGCAUAUCAAUAAUUAUCCAUAUUUAUCUUUGUAAAAUAAUAUAUUAUUAGCCUAAGAUUAAGUACAUUUUCCUUCAAUCAAGUCUAUGUAUAAAUUGUUACAGAAAAUUAAUUAACCCCUUUUGACCAAUUAGAUUAAUUCAAUAGCACUCUGGUAUUGUCAGGGGUGCGAGUGUGACGGAUGGAAGCGCAGAUAUAUUCACUAACCAUAAACAGUGAUAUGCAGAGCGAUGUAAACUAAAGUGCGUGAAACACACAACAAGCAAACAGUCCAAAGGAGCAGGCGAGGUCGUGAUCGAAAAAACAGGCAGGAGGUCAAAACAAGGUGCGGACAGAAUAUCAGAGGCAAAACAAUGACAAGAUCAGGAAAUGAGAAACAAGAAUCAAAAAACAGGAAGUCAACUAGAAUGAAACAAGGCUUAGUAUGGCGUAAUACUUCGCGUCGUCCUUUUUUUUAAAUAAGAUUCUCUUUUGGGCUUUUUACACCUUUAUUGGAUAGGACAGUGUAGAGACAGGAAAUGAGCGGGAGAGAGAGAGACGGGGAGGGAUCAGGAAAUGACCUCGGGUCGGAGUCAAACCCAGGUCCCCGGAUUUAUGGUAUGGCGCCUUAUCCACCUGAGCCACGACACCCCCAACUUAGCACAGUCCUUAAAGCAGAUACGCAGAGCCUUUAUUUUUAAAUAAAUUUCUGCGUGGAUAGUAUCUCCAUCCUUGACUUUUGUAUGCUGCAUAAAUGGGAAUAAAAAAAAUAUACAUUUUUGAGAGUUAAAAUCGACCGCAAAGUUGGCAUUCGAGCUGCCCCGCUGAGCCAGCCAGCGCUGAGUGCGUGACGUCACAGCGGUAAUCGGUUUUAAGGUCGAGGCUUUUGACAGCUAUAGGCCAAAGUCAUAUAAAUAAAUAUUUAUGGUGAAAGUAAGAAAUACCGUUACUUACUUGCUCAACUAAGACUGAUUUGACUUCACUGAUUGCAGGUUGACUCUCAUUAAAACAGGAUAGGUGUUAUAACUUAUGCAACAUACAUGUACAUGCAUGCAUUUUCACUGAUGAAACGUAAAAGGCUCAUUAAAUAAUCAGAUGAACUGAGACAAUCACAUUUUGAAGCAAAUUAAAUAAUCUUCUACUGGUAGCUUAAAUACACAAUACAAGUUGCAUGUAUUAAUCUAAAUGCAGGUAAACAACGUAUUGUUUUUUUUUUAAUCCAAAUGAGAGUCGGAGCUUACCCAUCUGUGUUCUCGCUUCUUGAAGGCUGAUCGUUUUGAAACAAUCUGACUUUCAGUUGUUCGUUUAGUUCUCAGUUCAUUCGCUUCUUCCAUGUAAGGGCGAGAUGGCAGCAAUAUCCAGUUUAGAAAUAAGACGGCUGCUCCACUCAUUCUCUAUUUUGUCCAUACAGAGUACUCCGCCAUUACUGCUUGGCUCAGGCAAUUACUAAAACCCGGGACAGAACGGGACGUCACCAGUUUUAGCAACAUUUGCGGGGAGGUCACUGCCCGAGCGAUAUGUCACGUCCCGUUCCAUCCUGGGUUUUAGCAACAAUCCUCGGCUCACUCCGGGAGGACUGGUGCGACUGAAUUUUGCUUUUGUAAAAAAUAAAUAAAAUAAAUACUUUCCUUUUCUUGUAGUUUUCUUUUUCUUUAAUUGUUGGUACUGCACCCUCUUUCAAGAAGCGCUUAUAGCCAACGCUCCUCAACAGAUCAGCGGUCUCGUACGAGUCUUCAGUAAAAUGUGCAGACCAGAGGAGAGACCACUUCAUAGGUGCCCAAUGUGCCCGUGAACGUCUCGCAAAACGCGUCCAAAUCUUUGCAGUUUGAACAUUCUUGGACCAUGCAAUGUAAAUCCACCUUCUGUCAUGUUGCUGGCGGGUGAAGCAACACAUCUAUGUGGCAUGGCGAUAAAUGAGCUCAAAAUGGAGGAUCGGAGUUGCAGUCAGCUCUGUGUUUUAGUAUAGCGGAAAUGGCGAUGAGACCGAUAGACUUCCUGCUGUGACGUCACAGACGUCAAGGUCAUUCACUCAGAUUGCUACCUAUAUGAAUCACUUUAAUCGUAAAAAUUACGAUAUUAGCUUUAUCGUUAAUGCUUAAAACUAUUCCUGUGCCAUUCUUGAGGUCUCAAGGCAUUUAUAAACGAUGGUGCACAUGCAGCCUGAGGCGCGCCUUAAAGUGCACGCGCCAAGGAGGGCAGGACUGACAGGUAUGAAUCACGACAAAGGAUGAUUCCUGUUUUUUUUUUUCCUCACUGAUCUGUUGAGCUUACAUAAAAGCACAUUGACCCUGUUGGGUGCUUUAUUCUCUUGACUAUUAUCAUUUUGUGCUGAAAAAAGGUCUCUCUUUUAAAUAAACCCAAGGUGUUCAAAAAUUGUAUUUCACAAGACAUGAUUAAAAAUGGCUACUUUA